ACAGGCGAGACGUAUUUUCGCGUAUACAAAACUCUCAUUACGAAAAUUGUGUUGACGGAUGUAUCGUAAUUAAUGUGUGUUUGUGAUUGAGCUUUACGAGAAGUUCUGGGAAGUGUUGACAGUUUACGAGUGUUUAUGUGUUACAGAGUGGAUGUUAAAUGUUCGAACAUUUAAAUUUUUAUAAAUAAUGUUAGUUAUUGAAAGAUAAACCAAAUGUUAGAGAAAACGAUUUGCGUAGUGGUUGUAAAUACAUUUCAAUGAGAAGGCAGAGGUGGUGUACAUUUAAGAGAUGAGACGCUUUCGUAAAACAAAGUUUCAUUCUCUCGACAAAAUGCUGCGUAAUUUCUACGUUGCACUUCUUCUGUGGCGGAUCGAUUGUGUCGUCGAAAGUACUAAAGUGGUGAAAAGCAACAUGAGAUAUCAGACCACGUCGCCCCUAAGCCGAGUCGGCCCCACAGCUUCCCAGAGGGAUGUCGAGCCUAACUUCGUUCGACCCAUUGAGAACGUCACAGUUGCCUUGGGAAGAGAGGCAGUGCUCACUUGUUCCGUCUCUGAUAUUGGCGAUUAUAAGGUAGCGUGGAUACGAGCCGAGGAUCAGACAAUACUGACCCUUCAUACACGCUUAGUAACGCACAGUUCGCGAUAUGCCGUCACCAAUGACUCUCCCUCGUCCUGGCAGCUGCACAUACGACCUUUGAAAAUUGAAGACCGUGGCUGCUACAUGUGCCAAAUUAAUACAAGCACUAUGAAGAAGCAGAUUGGGUGUGUCGAUGUUCUAGUACCUCCAAACAUCGUAGAUGAAGGCACAAGCGGUGACCUGGUGGCACGAGAAGGUACGGAUGUGAGCAUCUCUUGUAAGGCCGAGGGCAGACCUCUUCCACGGAUACUAUGGAGGAGAGAAGAUGGUACAAAUAUAAUGUUGAGAAACGAAGCUGGAGAGUUACACAAAGUUGACAUGUACACUGGGCCAUCACUGAAUCUCACGAAGGUCGAUCGAAGACAAAUGGGCGCCUAUCUCUGCAUAGCCUCAAACGACGUUCCACCAUCCGUUAGCAAGAGGAUCAUGCUAAGUGUGAAUUUUAGUCCAUCAAUUUUGACAUCGACGAAGGUGAUGGGAGUUCCUACGGGUUCACAAGCCACUUUAGAAUGUAUCGUAGAAGCAUAUCCACACCCAAUAAACUUUUGGCUAAGGAGUGGUGAUAAAACAAUGAUUCUGGCCAGUAACAAACAUGAAAUCACAGAAGUAAGGACCUCCCCAUAUCAAGUUAAGGUCACCCUUACAAUAUCGGAAUUUUCUAUGGAAGAUACUGGGACCUAUACAUGUGUGUCGAGUAAUAAUUUCGGCAAAGCAGAAGGAACUUUGAGGUUGUAUGAAAUAAAAAUCACUACCACAACGACAACUACAACAACAACAACAACUACGACGACGACAACGACAACGCCGCCGCCCACCACAACAGAACUUACUACACAGCCACAUUACAUAGUAGCGUUGCAGCCCGCUGAGCAAAAAUUCUAUACACCAGACGUAACCACUUUUGAUACAAUGCAAAAUGUCAUAGAGCAAUCCGUCCUCGACAACAACUGGUUGCCGACUGUGGAGUCAAGCGCGCGCUCACUUCGAACAUCAACAACAAUUUUAUUACUACCCACAUUAUUUCACUUUCUAUAUAGACUACAAACAUAUUUAAUUUUAGAAAAUAAAUACGAUAUCCAAUAUUCAAGGUGAUAAGUUAAGUGAU